AAGUUUGCUGCUUCCCACCAGCCUUGAAGAGUUUGGACUGAUCAUUAGGAAGACAGAAGAAAGAAACUCAGUUCAAGAUUCACCCAGGGUCUUUGGUCUUCCUCUUUUUUUUUUUUUUUCCUCCAAAUAGAGAAGAAAUACAUUCACCUGCCUCCCACUCCACCCCAGAGGUUUCUCUAUGAAGGCAACUUGCUGGAUUCUGGCAGGUUUUUACCUGCUUUUCUGCAGCAAGGCAGAAGAGGGACUAAAUUUCCCCACUUAUGAUGGGAAAGACCGAGUGAUUGACCUGAACGAAAAGAACUACAAGCAGGCCCUGAAGAAGUAUGACAUGCUCUGCCUGCUCUUCCAUGAGCCUGUGAGCUCCGACAAGGUCUCCCAGAAGCAGUUCCAGAUGACAGAGAUGGUCCUGGAGCUGGCAGCUCAGGUCCUGGAACCUCGGAGCAUUGGCUUUGGGAUGGUGGACUCCAAGAAGGAUGCCAAGCUUGCCAAAAAGCUAGGCUUGGCAGAAGAAGGAAGUCUCUAUGUCUUUAAAGAGGAGCGAUUAAUUGAAUUUGAUGGGGAACUGGCCACAGAUGUCUUAGUGGAAUUCCUCUUGGAUCUGCUGGAAGACCCUGUGGAGAUCAUAAACAACAAGCUGGAGCUCCAGGCCUUUGAUCAAAUUGAUGAGGAGAUCAAACUCAUUGGCUACUUCAAAGGAGAAGACUCUGAACAUUACAAAGCAUUUGAAGAGGCAGCUGAACACUUUCAGCCAUACAUAAAAUUCUUUGCCACCUUCGAUAAAGGGGUUGCCAAGAAGCUAGGUCUGAAGAUGAAUGAGGUGGAUUUCUAUGAACCAUUUAUGGAUGAGCCUGUUCACAUACCUGAUAAGCCUUACACAGAAGAGGAACUGGUUGAAUUUGUGAAAGCACACAAAAGGGCUACGUUGCGGAAGCUGCGCCCAGAAGACAUGUUUGAGACCUGGGAGGAUGACUUGGAUGGAAUCCACAUUGUGGCCUUUGCUGAGGAAGAUGACCCAGAUGGCUUUGAGUUCCUGGAAAUCCUGAAGCAGGUUGCCAGGGAUAACACGGAUAAUCCUGACUUGAGCAUUGUGUGGAUUGACCCCGAUGACUUCCCUUUGCUGAUCACUUACUGGGAGAAGACUUUCAAGAUCGACCUUUUCAGACCGCAGAUUGGGGUGGUGAACGUCACAGACGCUGACAGUAUCUGGAUGGAGAUCAGAGAUGACGAUGACCUGCCCACAGCUGAGGAGCUGGAGGACUGGAUAGAGGAUGUGCUUUCUGGGAAGAUAAAUACCGAAGAUGACGACGACGACGACGAUGACAACGAUGUAAAUACCGAAGAUGACGACGACGACGAUGAUGACAACGAUGACGACGAUGACGACAAUGAUGACGAUGAUGACGAUGACAACGAUGAUGAUGAUGAUGACGAUGAUUAG